AUGGACCUUUGUAAAUUACCUAAAGAAAUUAUUCAACUUAUAAUUGAUUUCUUACCACGUGAUGAUUGGAAGAAAUUGGUUGAAUUAGACAAUUGGGUUGGUUCUUAUACUUUCAGGAAGUUUUAUGAAAAGAUAACCUUGGUUAAUGAUCCUUAUGCAUAUUCCUUAUCAACAUGUUAUACUGGUAUGCGAACACCCAAAGCUGAACCCUUUUUUGGUAAUAAAGUCAAUUCUGGGUGUGUAUUUGGUUCAAUGUAUGCAUUUUCCCAAUUCAUUGAGGAUUACCCUGAAUUUAUACCCGCAGAAAUUACAUUCCAUAGUUUACAAUUACUUAUAUCACUUUUAAUGACAAAUUUGACAUUCUUGCAAAAAGUAGAGAAAAUUAGGUUUAAUCAAGUGUAUGAACAGAGCCCACAGCUUGCAAGUACCUUAGCGCAAUUGUUUGCUAUGAUUCAGAAAUAUGAUUUGAAUUAUUAUAGUGAAGUAUUUGAUAGUGAAGUUGAUAGAUGGCUAGACAAUAUAAAAUUUCCUACCAGAAUACGAAAUAUCGAAGUUCCUGAGGGCACUAUAAUCGAUUUUGAGAAGUUUUUUAGGCAGCAUCCGAAUCUAGAUUCCUUGGUAACAAGAAAUCUCUAUCAAUGCGAUAAAGAUGUUUUUCCCGAAUCAUUAACAUACGUUGGGUAUGUAUUAUUUCCAGGAGUGAACACAACAGUUGAAUUACCACAAACAAUUAAGCACGUCAAGCUCAAAUGCCUAGAGGAUGCCCCGACAUUUUCUAAAGAUCUCGAUUUGGCAGCCAGUGAAGGAUUGGAAUCGUUGGCUAUCACAGGAUGUUGGAUUGAUGAGCCUAUUAGGUUGCCUGAAAAUUUGAAAUCCUUUAGGUAUGACGAAUGUUUAUGCAAUUGUCAUUUUAAUGAUUUAUUUGUGGGUCCAGAGCAUAUAACUAGAUUAGAUAUUCAUGGUUCUUUCGGAUUGACGCUUUAUUAUUCCUUGUUUUAUGAGGCAACGUUUCCUGAAACUUUGCAGGAAUUCUAUUUUGAGAAUACGAAUAUAAUACAGGUCAUGACUCCGGACAUGUGGGGGGAUAUUGAUAUGAGUGCUUGUGUUUUAGAACAUCCGUUUAUUAAGGAUGAUAAAGUAUUCAAAAUUGAUCAUCACUUCAAACUUCCGAAAAGUUUGAAAGUCUUGUACUUGCAUAGUCCCUUUACUACGAUUGAUUCAACUUGGAGAAUUCCUGAUAAUGUAAGCCGUUUAAGUUUGCUCUCAAUUCAAUACAUGAUGGAUUUUGCCAAUUUCCAUAUGCCGAAAGGAUUGAAAUACUUUUUCCUAGAGGCAAUUCAUGGUUUUACAUAUAAUGACGAAAGUACUAACUAUGUUUAUUUCCCUCAGGGAAUUGAAACAUUUGUAUAUUCCGGUUCACCCAUAAAGAGUCCCGACUCCAAUCUAUUGGAAUUGCCCAGCCUUAAGAAAAUAGUAUUUGGGAGCAAUCUUGUAUCUCCUAAUAUAAAAGACAGAGUAACAUUUGAUGGAAUUCCGCUUGGAGAGACUGAUUUUUCAAAAAUGACGAAUUUAGAAACAUUUGAAAUGAACAUCCAACCAAUAUUAGGCGAGCUAAAUAUGAAAUUUCCAAAUAACUUACAUAUCCUCAAAUUUGCAUUAUGUAAGAUUGACAGCAUAUCCCCCACAUUUCAAUUUCCUUCCAAUUUGAGGGAGCUUUCGUUUGAAUGUGUCAACUUUGAUCUUGAAAUGUUGAAUAGGUUACCUCAAACCUUAGAAAUAAUAGACUUUACGAAUUGUCGUUGCGCUGAAUCGGAUUUACUUGAUUUAAACUUACCCUAUUUAAUUCGAUUGAAUAUGAAUAAUUGUGAAUUGUCACAAAGCACGUUUGAGAAGCUAAAGCUCAAAAAAUUUUCGAGAUUGAAAGAAGUUUGUUUACUGAAUAACAAGUUUGAUAGGAUUGAUCUUUCCGCUUUUCCAGAAACAUUAACGAACUUAUCAUUAUUUAGAUGUACGGAAGUCGUGACUGCCAGUAGCGAAACUAAUCUUCCAAACUUACGUUUUCUUGAUAUCUCAAGCAAUCAAGUUGGAAUUAUAAAAGACCUGUCGGAACUAGAACCAAGAUUCCAUAUUCCUAGGAAGCUACACACUUUAUCAAUGAAAAAUUGUGGAAUUUCAAAUGCUGAAUUUGCAAUCUGGCCAAAGAAAUUGGGUAAGUUAUGUUUGGAGCUCAACAAAAUUGAUCCACAAGCAGUCCAUUCAUUGUGUAUGAAAUAUCAUUCAGUAGCACAAUUUGAGGGGAUUCAUGUGACUGAUUUCUUCCCCGGAUCUAAGUACGGAAUUUAUGCCAAUUUCAUAGCAAGUAGAGUUUUAUUUGUUCAGGAGUUCGGAGACGUGGCUGAGCCGGUACCUCGUAGACCAACAUAG